AUGAAGUCUUCACACGCUUUAAAAGGAGCAAUUGAAGAAUACUGUAAACGCUUAAGUGCUUAUGCCCCUCAGAUUAUUGAAGUUGACUGCAAGAAAACGGGGCUUCCCCCAGAACAACAAAAGCAAGAAGAAGCAAAGCUCAUUGAAAAAACUCUCACUAAAAAAGAGGGGCUCGUCGUUCUUGAUGAGAAAGGAAAGCAAUUCACAAGCCGUGACUUUAGCCACCAAAUUGCAGCUCUUUAUAAAGAACACGGUAUACAUCUUAACUUUGUCAUCGGUGGAGCUGAUGGCUUAGACGCUUCUAUUAUAAGAAAAGCCGAUCUAACAUUGUCACUCGGCAAAGCCACAUGGCCUCAUAUGAUG